AUGGAGAGGAAGAGAAAUUUUUCAGAUGUUUCAAUUUCUAGGAUCAGAAGCUAUCUUUUGGUACUACCAUUUGUGUUGGCUUUUGUCACUCCAACUCUUUUAAGUGCUUCAGAAAUUUCUACAAUUAAAGAGGAUCACGUGUUCCCUAUGUUCAUAAAGUGGCACAUAUACAUUGUCAAUAGGUUGAGCAACAACCAUAACUUGUUCACCCAUUGCAAAUCCGCAGAAAAUGAUUUGGGUGACCACGACCUAUCUCCAGGCUCCAACACCACUUGGAGUUUCAGGACUGAAUUCUUCCAAGGAACGUUGUUCUGGUGCCAUGUGAGCAAAGACGAUGCUUCUGCUACAUUCAAUGUUUUCUGGAAUGAUGCUCGUCUUUUUGACAAGUGUGGUUGGAAGAAAUGCAUAUGGGUUGUUAAAGAUGAUGGAGUUUACCUAACACAUUUGAGUACAAACUGUGAUGAACUGCGUUAUAAGUGGGGUGAUAGAAUGUGA